CACUGUGCGCGCGGCGCUGCUUCCUUCCGGUUCUCACUUCCGGUUCUCACUGUCCGUUGUUUACGUUCACGAGCAACAUGGAGGACGAAGUGGACGUAGAUAUUGAGGGAGACGAGUUUGAGAACAUUAUCCGAGAGCCGGAAGUAGGAGUUCUGUCCCCGGAGCGGCUCAUCCGGUCCGAGUGGAGCAGCGCGGCGAUACUGCCAUGGCAACUGGACAGCACCAUCAGCUCGGAGGACAGGGAGGCAAUCGAGACGAUGCUGCUGGAGGAAGAGUAUUACCUGACAGGGGGCGGGACUACUGGCCACAUCUGGGAAAGUGACGGCGACAAAGUGACAAAGUUACCGACCAAGCCGUCCUCCACCUCCUCCACCCGAUGGUCCCCCCAGGAGAAGGAGUUGUUUGCGGAGGGGCUGGCUCAGUUCGGUCGGCGGUGGACUAAGAUCGCCAGGCUGGUGGGCAGCCGCUCCACCUUCCAGGUGAAGAGCUACGCCCGACAGUUCUUCAAACACCAGACCACAUCGGAGCCCAGAGGGGCGGCGCCGCCUACGGGCGGUGUGCUGCAACUACACCCUCAGUCCUCCGGUCAUGCGUCCGCUCCGUCCAACGCCGUCCACACGGAGAGGCUCUCCGACGGGGAGGACGAGGAGGUGGACAUCACCGACGACCUGGAUGGGGGCGUGAAGGCCGAGCUCCGGGAGCCGGGGGGGGGGGGCACGCCUGACGGCGUCCAGGAGGAGCCGGGUGCGACCUUGCUGCCUCCGCCCUCGUCCUCCCCCCCUCCGUCCCCAGCGACUGCUGCAACCGGGCCGGGGGACAAAGAGUCCCUCCCCCCCAGAACACCAGAAACCACAGCUCAAAGAGACUCGAAGGAGACGGGCCAUGAGGACCAGAGCUCGCAGAAAGGUCCUCCGGAGGACGAGGACACAGCUUCUGAUGAAAAGACCGAACAGAGUCCAGCUGAUGGAGCGGAGGAGGAGGAGGUGGUGGAGGAGGAGGAGGAGGAGGAACUGGUACUCAAGGUGCCUGAGAAGGAAAAAGAGAUGGAGAUGGAGACCAUUGCUGAGGAGGAGAAACAAGCUAUCCCAGAGUUCUUUGAGGGACGACCAUCCAAGACCCCUGAGAGAUAUCUUAAGAUCCGGAACUACAUCCUGGACCAGUGGUUGAGGAGCAAACCCAGGUACCUGAACAAGACCUCCGUCCGCCCGGGGCUGAAGAACUGCGGCGACGUGAACUGCAUCGGGAGGAUCCACACCUACCUGGAGCUCGUCGGCGCCAUCAACUUCCACUGCGAGCAAGCCGUCUACAACCGGCCCAGGCCCGUGGACCGGUCCAAGCACAGGGAGGGCAGGGACGUGAUGGAGGCCUACCAGCUGGCCCAGAGACUGCAGAGCAUGCGGACCAGGAAGCGGCGCGUGCGGGACACCUGGGGGAACUGGUGCGACUCCAAAGACCUGGAGGGACAGACGUACGAGCAUCUGAGUGCCGAGGAACUCGCCCUGCGGCGAGAAGAGAGGAAGAGGAACCCGAAACCCUGCAAGGUGUCCCGGUUCAGAGGGUCCUUUGACCCCUUCCAGCUGAUCCCCUGCAGGUCCUUUGGAGAGGACGUGCAGGAACCCUUCCAGGUUAUCGUGUGUGCAGAGAGUCUUCUCAUCAUGGACAUGCACGCCCACGUGUCGCGCUGUGAGGUCAUCGGCCUGCUGGGUGGAGCCUACGACGAAGAGAAGCGAGUGCUGAAGAUCCGUGCAGCCGAGCCGUGUAACAGUGUGAGUACGGGUCUGCAGUGUGAGAUGGACCCGGUGUCCCAGACGCAGGCCCGUGACCUGCUGUCCUCUCUGGGCCUCGCCGUGGUCGGCUGGUACCACUCCCACCCGUCCUUCCAGCCCAACCCGUCGGUCCGGGACAUCAACACGCAGGACCAGUUCCAGAGUUACUUCUCUCGAGGCGGAGCUCCGUUCAUCGGGAUGAUCGUGAGCCCCUACGACCCGGCUAGCCCCUCCCCCCACUCCCAGACCACCUGUCUGCAGGUGAGGGGGAGCCAGGAGCCGUCAGGCCCACCGAAGCUGCCCUACCGAUUCGACUUCCUGUCCUCGCAGGACGUCCCGGACUGGGAGCAGACCCUGAGGCGGGCUCAGUGGAUCAUCCAUCGGUACCGUCAGGCCGCCGGGAGUGUGCAGAUGGACGGAUUAUUCCGGAGGGACUCGCACCUCACCUGCCUGGAGAAGAUGCUGUCGUCGCUGGCCAGGUACCUGGAGCCGCUGCCGGACGAGGAGGGCGACGCCUUCCUCACCGAGAUCCAGGCGCGCUUCCUGUCCCACUUCAUGGGCCUGCAGCGCGACGAGGACGCGUCCCUGAGCGCGCGCGCACCGGCCGACUCGGAUGAGGAGGAGAAGCCUCGGGGGGGGGGCUCUUCAGACCGCGCAGUCCACAACACGAGCAGCGUGGCGUUGCAUCUGGGCUCCGUGUUGUCGUCUGAAUACGACUAUUUAUUGUGAAGCACGUGUCAGUGUUACCAACUCGCCCAUCUAGGGUUUUUACGUUUUAUUGAUGUGUUCAGCGCUUUAACCAAAAAGAAGAGCGGUGAGUUUGUUAGUAUUUUGCGUUCUCGGUUAAACAGUAUAAUGAAAUAGAUUUAUAUUUUUUCUUGUGUUACGUUUGUGUAAUCUUCAUAUUUUGGUUCCAAUGCUUUCAAAUACUGUUGUUUUUUACCAAAAUGUCUACAGGUCAGAUCUUCCUGGUCAAUGCGUUGAUUUGUUUUUAAAAUCUCCCACCGUGAUGAUAAUGUCAUUCGCUUUGUAAGCAGCUGUAUAAUAAGUCUAUGAUAAUAAAGUUUGUAGCUGAAACACUCAAA